GCGGGGAAAGCCGCGGGGCUGGCGGCCCCCCGAGCGGCCGCCCGGGCUCCCUGGGGAAGCCGCGGUUCCCGCGGCUCUGGGGGAAUCAGCGGGGAGACACCUCGUGUAUUCUGCUCCGUGGGUUGACGCCUUCAGUUCGGUGCCGCUUUGCUCACCUGCAGGGGGGAGGUGGGAUGGAGUAAAGUCAUCCCUGUGGGUCCGCCCGUGGGGAAGGGAAAGGCUCCUCUGGGGGCAGAAAAAGGGUGUAGUUGCUUUCCUUUGGAGAGAGAAGAAUCAAAGCGCUGUAUUGCCCACUUGUGUUGAGCUGUGGCUUCGGUGUUGAGUUUGGAGCGUCAGGAUUAAUUUCGUAGCAUGUUUCUAGUGGUAAUAUAUAUAUAUUAAAGGAUGAGGCAAGACUUUUUAGACUUGAAACAUAGGGUACAAAUGCAUUGUGCAGCAUUUUCUUUAACGUUACUGUCUACUUUAUCUUGGAUGCCCCCUCUUUACUUGGGUUGCGUCUGUCACUUCAGUCUGGGUAUGGAGUUCAUGUCCAUCUGCAGGUGUAAGUGCUCUGCCUCUGGGAGCAGCAGAGAGUGAGGACAGCUGGUAUGUGCUUAUUUAAUUGUCAGCUUUUAUCCCCAGUGCCAACUGGAUACUGCUAUCCCAAGUGAAUUGGGAUAGUGGAUAAAUAUUUCCCCUCCUACAGGGAAGGCCUGUCUGCUAAGACCAGUUUCUGGAGUCUUGAUGCUGACAAAAUACAGCUCAGUAGUAGGACUGAACCAGCCUCGUGCUGUGUCUAAAUUCAUCAUUACAGGUGCAGUAGUUCCUGACUGCAUGUCACAGUCUCCUGCUGAUCUGUGCUUGGUCUGGCUGCACAUUGAAGUUUCCUCUUGGAAAUUAGUUGCAUUAAGCUGGUAUGUUUCUUACUACAAGAAGCAAUUUUCCACUUUUUCUCUGCUCUAAGGGUUAGCGUGUCACAGUUUAUGAAUUAAAUUUAGAUCUGAAUAAUUAUACACCUCUUCUGUUUAUUUUUGCUUGAAUCCGUACAGGAAAUAUAGGGUUGAAGGCUCUGUUGUUUGUUUCCUUCAUGCACCUCUUUCACGCUUUAGACAAAAGCAGAAUUAACUUGCUUUUUUUCUUCUAGGCAUAACACAUUUCUUUCCCUUCCUGUUGCAGUAUUUUACAGACAUCUUGCUGUUGCAGGAGAGCUGAUGAACAAAUACCCCUUGCCAAUAUUCCAUUAAUGAGGAGUCAGUACUGGGUCAGCAUAGUGGUGGGUUAAAUACUGCUUCCUGUUUGUAAUUUUCUUGUUUUAAAAUCUCUCAGCUUUCCAUAAACUUUUCCACAAAGUAUGACAGCUUCAUGCUGAAAGGUCCAGAAAAUAAAGAUCUUUUUAGAAAAAUGUUAUAAAGGAGGGAGAUGUAGACAUGACAGUUCUGGAAAGGGUUAAAGAGUUUGUAGUUAUCAAAGCAGUAAUAAAGAACACACCAAGGUAAGUUCCUGCAGAAACCUCAGGCAGAGCUGAGUGAGAAUUGCUGUGUUUGAGGCCAAUCUGACCAGCUGAAUCUGUAAACUCUUGCAGGCAGAUGAACCCCUCAUACUUCGAAGGCCAGAUUUCCAAGUUAAUAUUGUUGCUAAAAAAUUUAGCUUGCCUACAAAAAAAUACAAAAUAGGGGGCAUGAACAGUCUUCUUGUGCAAUUUUUAAAAUAGGUGUGAAGCAGUCUCCUUUGAUAGAAAAUCAGACAUGGCAGCCACUUCGGUAAUGAAGUGCUAAGUAGAAAUGGAAAUGCCUUAAGAAGCAUUAACUUCUUCUUUACGGCACCAAAACACAGACAUGGGUGACCAAAAGGCACAUACCUAUUUGUCAUUUUACCUGCAGGAAAAAUGCCUCUGACACUCAAACCUGGUGGCUGCAGUGUUACUCUUUGCCCCACAGCCCUUGGGUCAUUGGUGCAUUUAUUGCUCUGCAUUACAAGACUGCAGGAAUAGAGAGGUGUGUGUUUAACCUGACAACCUGUGUGUUUAGCAUGGGUGCAUCUUCCUGCCUGUUUGGCAUGGGAUGUUAGACAAUGAGUACCUUAUACUUUUGUCAGACUAUCCAACAGCUUCAUAAGCUUGCAUUGUGCAAGCAUUGUGUCCGUUAAUUGUUUCUGGCUUAAGCCCUGAUCUUAAAAGUACUUGCAGAUGUAAGUAACUUUACUAUUUGUCAACUUUUAGAUUGUGUUACUGAAGGAUCAGACUCUUGGCUUGCUUAUACUUGUACUGGACCUUGCAGGAAUGUUCAGAGAAGCUCAGACUCGCAGGAGCAUUAAUUAAUAGCUCUGUAAGGAAUGGUGAGGACUCCUGACAGCUUCCAGGCAGCAGCACGGAUAAAUUGGUUUUGUUUAGAUUUAAAAAUAUUAGUUGAUAUAAUGAUUCUUCCAUGGUGUGUUUUGUCUUCUAAUAGGGAUUUUUUGAUGGAAGGGAGUGAAGAACCUCAUUGAUGUUUAUUCCCCUCUUGUGUAGCUAAGCAUUCUUCUGGCCUUUUUUCUAAGACCAAGCUGGAGCUCUGAAGAAACUUCACUUCAAUGCGUGAGGACUGCAGGACAGAAUGAUGGCCUUGCAGGAGCAGGUCUGGCCAGUCCCAAUGAAGGCAAUUGGAGCACAAAACCUUCUGACAAUGCCUGGAGGAGUCACCAAGUCAGGGUAUCUUCAUAAAAAAGGAGGCACCCAGCUGCAGAUCCUGAAGUGGCCACUGAGAUUUGUUAUUAUCCACGAAGGAUGUAUCUACUAUUUUAAGAGCAGCACAUCUGCAUCUCCCCAGGGUGCAUUUUCUUUGAAAGGUUACAACAGGGUUAUGAGGGCAGCUGAGGAGACAACAUCAAGCAAUGUGUUUCCUUUCAAGUUAGUUCACAUAAGCAAGAAGCACAGGACAUGGUUUUUUUCAGCUUCUUCUGAAGAUGAAAGAAAGAAUUGGAUGCUAUCUUUGAGAAGGGAAAUUGGUCACUACCAUGAGAAGAAAGAAACAAUAACAGAAUUUAGUGACUCUGGUUCUGAUGCAGACAGUUUCUAUGGCUCAGUAGAACGUCCCAUUGACAUCAAGUAUUCCCACCAUUCAGCAGAAAAUGAAGAUUACGAUCAGGAGGAAGAGGAUGAGUCUUAUUUGCAGCCGGAUACUUCUGACAUAGUGAAGGAUGAUAUGGUCCUGCCCCCUGCGUACCCACCUCCGCCCGUUCCUCACGUCAGGAAAUCUCCCUACUCAGAAGCAAGGGCACAUUCCUUCUCUGGCAAACCCACUGCACCAGUACCACCACCACCUCCUAAGAGGAGCUUACCUGAAAUCAAACUAGAGCCACCCCCUGUGCCCCCUUUACCUGUGUUCAAAAAGCCUGCAAGUGGCAAAGAGUCUCACCCACUGCCUCCAGAGCCUUUGCCUCCAGCCCAAGUCCUUGCUCCUCCAGAAGCAUGUGAGAAGCUAAAAGGCUUAAACCUUUCCCCACGGACCCCUCCUCCUCUGCCAGGCAAUAAACCCAAGUUGUCACAGCUUGCUGAAAAGCUAGUAGAGCCCAAAGUGCCAAGGGAACAUGGUAAACCUGGACUGUUUGUGCCACCAGUGAUCCCAAAGCCAGUCGUGCCAAGCCACCAGCCCCCUGCAGUCAAGCCCAGAACAGAGAAAUCUUUAUGUCCCCAGUUACAGAGAUCACCACCAGAUGGACAGAGUUUUAGAAGCUUUUCAUUUGAAAAACCAGCACUACCCUCCAAGCCAAGCCAACCCGAUGAUGACUCUGAUGAUGAUUAUGAAAAAGUUGGGCUGCCUGUUUCAGUAUUUCUUAAUACCUCUGAAUCUUUCGAAGUUGAAAGGAUAUUUAAAGCUAGUAACCCACAAGGACAACCACAAAAUGGAUUGUACUGUAUUAGGAACUCAUCUACUAAGCCUGGAAAGGUAUUGGUUGUAUGGGAUGAACCUGCAGGAAAAGUGAGAAACUACAGAAUCUUUGAAAAGGACAGCAAGUUUUACCUGGAUUCAGAUAUCCUGUUUUUGAACAUGGGAAGUUUGGUGGAAUACUACAGCACUCAUGUCUUACCCAGUCAUGACAGCCUGAUUCUCAGGUGUCCUUAUGGUUACUCUAAGCCAAGGUGACAGGACAGCCACGGCUCACUGAGACCCUGCUGCCCCUGAGGACAGGACUCCUGCCACUGUUGGACAUCCUGCUGUUUGCACACACAAACUGAGUCUGUUUCCACCUUUUAUUCUCACAUAAAUUGUUAUAUAAGUUCCAUUUAAUGAACUUCUGGUAAAACCUUAGAGGCCAGAUCAGUGGAUUUCAUGGGCUUUUUUUUUUACAAAGAUCUGAACUGAUUUGGCUGUGAAAGCUGUCCAGGAUACCCACACCUUUUAUAAAACUGCUGCUAUUACUAAUCUCCUUGGAAUGUUGAAGAUGAACGUGAACAGAGAAGUGAUCUGAAUACAGCUGAUCUAGCAAAUGGACACUUCUGGAAGUAUGUCAGAAUUUAUUGUGACAGGGAAUACUAAUACUCUGACUUGGAGGUACUGCUCCUAAAGUCAGCAUUGGUGCUGAACUGAGAUAUUUUGUAUUACUUGUAUAGUUGAUGUGUACAUAAUGAAGAUUUCUGUGCAAAUUAUUUUAUUUACUAUAGGUAAAGAUGAUCAGGAAAUUAGGCUUUUUUUUAAGCCACCUCUUAUGUUCUUGUACCUUCUGAGUACAGUAAUCACUAUCAGGUACUAUCUGGCUGAUAUGGGUGUGACAUCCCAUGUACUGCUUAAUGAUGUGCACUUCAGAGAAGUGUGGAACAAUAUUGAUUUGGCUUUCAUUGGAGCCCUGUUACCUAGUUCUGAACUGGAAGGGUUCAUGCCACUGGUGUUUUUAAAGGAUAUGAGAAAAGAGAAAGGGCUACUUGAGAUUUGUGGGAAGGGAAGGGAGCCAUUUGAAUUCCAAAUUCCAAAUAGCAGUUUUAUCUCACAUUGCCAUAGUCAAAGGUUCUUUAAAACAAAGCACAAAAAAACCACCUGAAACCAUGAAACUAUGAUUGUGAUGCUACUAUCAAUCCAAAAAUCUUUGUGGUCACAUUUUGUUGUCAGCCAGAUGCAUUUUUUUUCUGUUCUAGGGCAAAACACACUACCCUAAUCUGCUACCAAGACUUAUUUUAUCAUUAAAAUUUCUACUCAGUUUGUAGUUGCAUGCAAAACAAAAAUUUAUCUUUAAUCUACUGUCAGUGAUUGACAUUACCAGGGUGCUUUUAACAUUUUUUCCCUAAUAUUUUGGGGACAGGUGUCCUAAAUCCAAGGGCUUGACAUGUAUGCCAAAAUUACUCUAUUCCUGAAUUUUAAUAUGGAGGAGAAAUUAAUUUUAAGAACCUCUUAAGUAAUUCUGUUGAUCCAAAAAUGUCAUAAUGGUCUCAUACUCUAAUAAUAAGUUUACAAUACUUGUAACAAUAGUAAAUAAUUCAAGCACUCCUGAAACAGGAGAAGGUAUCUAGUUUUUUCAGUCUGAAUUUCUAUUAAUAAACUUUUUUUCUGUUACCUUUUCAAAGUUUAUACAUGCCCAUUUUAAUCUUGUUAGAUGGUCACAACUUUAAAAUCAUAACCAAACUAUUACAGAAUAAUGCUUUUCUUUUUAUGAAAACAAUAAACCAGGAUUUAGUCCCUAAUCAGAUGGAAUAUGAAGAUGAUACACAGGAAUUGAGGAAGGAAAUUCUGCCUCCAUCUUUUUCAAGAGACAGAGACAUACACAAUAUCAGUCUUUUGAUCUCUGUUCCUGCUGUAAUAGGACUUAUGUGUAUAAAGAAUAUGAAGUACUUAAAAUUCAGAUUCUGUUGAAUGUUGGAUAUUUUAAGUCUAAUUCCUUUUAUUUUAAAUUAGUAUCCCUGUGAUGUACUACCCUGACAUUAAUCCUCUCUAAAGAAGGUUCAGCCAAGACAGCAUUUUAAAAACUUUUUCGGCAAAUAGUUUUAUGUAUAUCAGAGUAAGUUCAAGUCUCUUGCAAUAUUCACAAAUGUCUAUAGAGUAAGAUUUUCCCUGUCUGGGAAUAAAUUGAGUUCAUUGUGUCAUGACAAUCAUACUUAUGGUAUGCUUUCUUUGGGGCCCUAUUCAGAUAUUUGAUUGUUUGCUCAACUUAUACUCAGAAGAUUUUUAAAUUGUAAACAUCCAUUUAAACCAUAACAUGCUCUUUACCUGUGUAAUAUGAGAGUUGCAAAUAUGUAAAUUUUUGUGUAAUUCCCUUUUGUAUCUAAAUGUAUAGAUUUCUGAAGUGGAUAAACUUUCAAUGCCAGUCCA